CGUUUUUCGUCAGGAACAGUAACGGUGACGUACCACACCGGAAGUAGCGAGCUGUUCCUGUUUGGGUUUUUGUUAUUUUUCCCCGCAGCUGCUGUUGGGUUUACAGGCUAUAGUUUCUCAACACAGAACUUUUAUUCUCUUAUUAAACCUGUUUUGAGCGUCGGGACCGAACAUGCCGAAGGUCGUGUCCAGAAGUGUGGUGUGUUCCGACACCAGAGACCGAGAGGAGUACGACGACGGAGAAAAGCCGCUCCACGUUUACUACUGCCUGUGCGGUCAGAUGGUUCUGGUCCUGGACUGCCAGAUAGAGAAGCUGCCCAUGAGACCUAGGGACCGGGCCCGGGUGAUCGACGCGGGCAAGCACGCGCACAAGUUCUGCAACGUGGAGGAGGACGAGAGCGCGUACAUCAAGCGAGACGAGGGCAUCGAGAGGCAGUACCGCAAAAAGUGCGGCAAGUGCGGGCUGCUGCUCUUCUAUCAGCACCAGGACAAGAACAGCCAGGCCACCUUCAUCGUGGACGGAGCCGUCGUCAAGUUCGGCCAGGGCUUCGGGAACACCAGCGUCUACAGCCAGAAGCAGCCGGAGGCGCCCAAGAAGGUUCGGGUGAUGAUGACCAAGAGGACCAAAGACAUGGGCAAGUUCAGCUCCGUCACCGUGUCCACCAUCGACGAGGAGGAGGAGGAGAUCGAGGCCCGGGAGGUGGCCGACUCCUACGCUCAGAACGCCAAGGUGAUCGAGAAGCAGCUGGAGAGGAAGGGCAUGAGCAAGAGGAGGCUGCAGGAGCUGGCCGAGCUGGAGGCCAAGAAGGCCAAGAUGAAGGGCACACUUAUAGACAACCAGUUCAAAUAAAGCAMACACCGUGGACUUCCUGCUCCUCUUCUUCACUUUGUUUUGAGAGAACAACGUGGACAGAGCUGAUGAUCGUUUUUGAGCAAAGACUAAAGUUGCUGUUGGGUUGAUAUGUUGUUUAUUUUUGUAUAAAAAUAAAACAUUUUGGUUAUUUUAUUGUUAAAAUCA